AAACAGGUUGCUCUGUAGAAGAGUGUGAUUAGGAACGUAAGCCAGAUGUCCCAAUGAAAAGACCUUUGCACGGCCUUUUUUUUUUUUUUGUGGGAUUUCCGCUGUCAGGCUUUCAGCCGAAGGGUCACUAUCGUUCAUCUGGUCUAAACAAGAAGCCAUUACUAGGACGUCGUCCGGCAGGAAAAACAAUCGGGAAUAUACCUAGCUACUGUUCAGAGUGGUCGAAAUGCUGUGUCGGUCAGUGGUGAGAAGUGGACUGCUUGCAUAUAAGCAAGAGCUUCAUCCUGGGGUGAAAUGCGUAACGGCGGCGGCAUGUCUGAAAGCAUCGCGCGCGAGACGGGAGCGCUCGACCACCGUCACCGGCAGCAGCAAGCUCAAGACCAUGGAAGACCUGGGCGGCCCCAGCUUUCUAACAUCUCUAUACUGGCUUUUUGGCAAAGGCUACUUUCCGAUUACUCACCGAAUGCAGAUUGAGCACAGCAAAAUAUACGGUCCUAUGUGGAAGUCCAAGUAUGGGCCACUAGUGAUUGUGAAUGUGGCCAGAGCAGACCUCAUAGAGCAGGUACUGAGACAGGAGGGCCGUCACCCCAUUCGAACUGACAUGCCCCACUGGAGAGGAUACCGGGAGCUCCGCAACCAGGCCAUCGGUCCUCUAACAGGGAUGGGGCCAGAAUGGCAGCGUAUCAGAAGCAUCUUGAACCCUCGCAUGUUGAAGCCCAAACAUGUAUCAGGCUACACUAACGCUAUCAACGAGGUGGUAAAAGAUUUUAUAAACAAGGUGGCUUGGCUAAGGGCAACACAAGGCAAUGGGGUAAUGGUGCAUGACAUUGCUGGGGAACUCUACAAGUUUGCAUUUGAAGGUAUAUGCUCUGUGGUAUUUGAGACACGACUAGGUUGUCUGAAUGAGGUGAUCCCUGAGGAAACGCAGAAGUUCAUCUUUUCUGUGGGAGAAAUGUUCCGUCUUUCCCCCAUCAUCAUUCUAUUCCCGAAGUCUUUGUGGCCCUACAUGCCAUUUUGGAAGCACUUUGUAGCUGUAUGGGACCACCUUUUCAAAGUUGCGGAUAAACUAGUUCAGGAGAAGAUGGCAGAGAUUCAGGAAAAGGUAAAGCAGGGACUGCCAGUUGAUGGUGAGUACCUUACUCACUUGUUGGUCGGUGAACAAAUGACCCCCACCCAGGUGCUAGGAAGUAUGACUGAACUGCUGCUGGCUGGAGUCGACACUACAUCCAACACUAUUUCCUGGGCUCUAUACCAUUUGGCUCAAAAUCCAGAGGCCCAGCAAAGGCUGUACAAUGAAGUAAUCAGUGUUUGCCCAGGUGACAAGAUGACUUCCAGUGAAGACAUCAUCAAGAUGCCUUGGCUGAAGGCUGUUGUUAAAGAGACACUUCGGUUAUAUCCUGUGGUGCCAGGCAAUGCCCGUAUCACUGCUGAAAAUGAAGUAGUGGUGGGAGGUCACCUCUUUCCUAAAAAUACUCUGUUCCACUUGUGCCACUAUGCGGUGUCCUAUGAUGAGACCAUCUUCCCAGAGCCCAACACUUUUUCACCACAGCGCUGGAUGCGGGAAGAAAAGCAGUUAAACCAGCACCCGUUUGGCUCUGUACCCUUUGGAUUCGGCAUCCGCGCAUGCUUGGGAAGAAGAGUAGCCGAGCUGGAAAUGUAUCUCGUCCUGUCCCAAUUAAUUAAACACUAUGAAGUACAACCUGAUCCCACAGGCAAGACAGUGAAGCCAAUCACAAGAACUCUGCUUGUCCCAGGCACAUCGAUUGACCUUCAGUUUAUUGACAGGCAAGUCUUACAGAAGACUCAAGCCGAAGCCGCUGCCUGAUAAUAUACAGGAAACUAUCGACAAACUGUUUUGGGCCACUGUAUUACACUGCUUUGCUUUUCUUAUGUUGUCUCUAAUACCUGGCUAAUAUAAGUGAAAAACAUAAACAAGAAUUUAUUUUAGUAGUCAUAGUCCAAAAAGGGUAAAACUGUACUGUUAGUCUAUAGUGGAUACUUGGUCUUAUUGGAAACUGGGUCUAAUUUUAUAAUUUAAAUAAAAAAAACAUUUAACCUAA